AUGUCUGCUGCCAGCUUUCUGACUGAAGAUCAGUUUCUGUGCUCCAUCUGUCUGGAUGUGUUCACUGAUCCAGUCAGCACACCAUGUGGACACAACUUCUGUAAAACCUGCAUCACUGAACACUGGAAUAUUAGUGUCCUGUGUCAGUGUCCCAACUGUGAAGAGGUUUUCAACACAAAACCUGAGCUGCAGGUCAACACUUUCAUCUCUGAGAUGGCUGCUCAGUUCAGACAGUCAGCUCAACAGAAAGCCAGCAGCAGCAGCUCAGAGCAACAAGCUGCCAAACCAGGAGAAGUUCCCUGUGAUGUCUGCACUGGAACCAAAGUGAAGGCCCUGAAGUCCUGCCUGGUUUGUCUGGUCUCCUACUGUGAGACUCACCUGGAGCCUCAUCUGACAAUGGCAGGCCUGAAAAGACAUCAGCUGAUCGACCCUGUGGAGAACCUGGAAGGCAGGAUGUGUACGAAGCACGAUAAACUGCUGGAGCUGUUCUGUAAGACCGACCAGAUGUGUGUCUGCAUGCUCUGCUCUGUUUCAGACCACAAGACACAUGAUGUUGUUCCUCUGAAUAUGAAGAAGAAGGCGAGCUUGAAAUCAGCAGACGAUGAAGAGACGACUGAAGAUUGA